GUCAUCUUUAUUUCAUCUUGAAUUGAACCUUUUGCUAUUUGGCUAUAUAACAUCAACUCCAGGCCGCCACAGGCAACCAGAAGCACUAACUCCUUCUUGUGAACAACCUAGUGACCUACCAUGACUCUCCACUCUCAAACUUCAAGCUCCAGUGAUGAUUCCAUGGCGGCAAAACCAGUUCCUCACCUUCUUUCCCAACCCAGUCUUCCUUCAAUCCCUUCCCUGGCGGCGUUUCUCCACCACGACCAGACCCACCACUGCCGCUGCGUAGCCACUCUCAAGGCUCCUCACAGCUCCUCCUACACGUCUUCCCUCGUCCUCGCCGGCAAACACCUCUUCACGGCCUCCUCCGACAGGGAAAUCCGCAUGUGGAAGCGCAGGGCCGAGCAGGAAGAUGAGAAGAAUCCUCCCGCCGGAGCCACCGUCACGGCGGGGAAAGGCGCGGUGAAGUCGCUGGUGGUUUUGUCCGACAAGAUAUUCAGCGCCCACCAAGACCACAAGGUCCGGGUAUGGAGAAUCGACGAUGGAGAGCGUGAGUUCACGCGCUUGGCCACGCUGCCGAAGCUCUCCGACCGCGUCGUCAAAUUUCUCCUCCCCAGCAGCCGCGUCCAGAUCCGGCGACACAAGACGGCCACGUGGGUCCACCACGUCGACACCGUUUCGGCGUUGGCGCUCUCCGCCGACACCUCUCUUCUCUAUUCCGUCUCGUGGGAUCGAACGCUCAAGAUUUGGAGGACUUCUGACUUCAAAUGCAUGGAAUCCGUCGCAAAUGCACAUGAUGACGCCAUAAACGCUUUAGCAGUAUCUCAGGAUGGGCAUGUAUAUACAGGAUCAGCAGACAAGAAAAUCAAGGUAUGGAGAAAAGCCUCGCCGGAGAAGAAGCAUUCUCUAGUUGCUACACUAGAGAAGCACAAUUCCGGGAUAAAUGCCCUAGCAGUGGGAAACGGCGGCGCGGUUUUAUAUUCCGGCGCCUGCGACAGAUCAAUUCUGGUAUGGGAGAAAGAACGGAAAGGCGGCGGCGCGGCCGUGGCGGUGGUGGGUGCGCUCCGGGGGCACACCAAAUCCAUUCUGUGUUUGGCGGUGGCGGCGGAUAUAGUGUGCAGCGGCUCGGCGGAUAAAACGGUUAGGAUUUGGAGGGGCGUGGAGAGGUGCUACUCUUGCCUGGCGGUUUUGGCCGGCCACGGUGGUCCGGUGAAGUGCCUGACGGUGGCGAGUGACUUCGUUGACGGCCGGAAAGAUGAAACGCUAUCCAAAUAUAUACUGUACAGUGGUAGCUUAGAUGGUGACAUAAAGGUUUGGCAAAUUUCUUUGAGCUUUUAGAAAAAUUUGUGCCUAUUAAUUAGUACAUAUAGGAAUAUAGGAUAAUUUUAGGUGUAUUAAUAUUUUAUUUUUUUACAAAAUUUUGUCUUAUGUAAAACUAUGCAUCAAUGACGCAUAUAAUGUUGAAAAAGUAUAUGUAACAUCACGUUAUGAAAUUGAUUAGUUCAUGUAUAG